GCUCCGUCCGGCAGCCAGGCUUCCUGCGCUCUGGGGCACGGUCUCCCCGUCUCCCUGUCAUAUCUCCAGGUACGUCAUGUCUUCAAGAACGUCCUCUCUUUGAGCGUAUCAUGACUUAAGGAUUUACAAUGGCGCGCGUAAUUCGAGGUCCAGAGCUGAGAUUCGAUUCAACAGUGUCCCUUCACAAAUAUGUGGAAGAUAAAAUGCGUAUGUUUGGAGAAGAAAUUGCUCAGGUGGACGGAGCGAGCGGGCGGACCAUGACGUACGGCGAGGUGCUGCGGUGGGCGGCGCGGCUCGAAGGGGCGCUGCUGGCGCGAGGGGCGGGACCCGGGGACGUGGUGCUGGUUUGCGCGCGCAACUGCCUGGAGUACUGCUGGGUGCUGCUGGGCGUUCUGCGGGCCGGCGCCGCCUGCCAACUCGUGCACGCCGACUCCACGGCCCGUGAGCUGCAGCACUUCGCAUCCAUCUCGAGCCCCCGGCUGGCGAUAUGCUCCACGGAGUUGGCAUGCCGCGUGCUGCCCAGCGGCACGACGGUAGCAGAACUGCUGUCAGGCAUGCAGAGCGUACAAGAGGUGUUUGUGUGGGGCGACGACACUCCGGACCUGCCUGCUCGCUGCACACCGCUCCUACAGCUGUUCUCCGAGAUACAAACCAGGGACGUGUGUAAGGGAAAUCCCAUCGUCAUAGAUGAAGACAAUGAAAAAUAUGAAGUGCAGCAUGAUUAUACAAGGAAAGUGAGCUUCGUGCUCAGCUCGAGUGGAACAACAGGCCUUCCCAAAGGCGUCAUGCUUACACACGCCAAUUUCGUAGCUGCUCUGGCUGCAAACAGCUCCAAGUUCGUAUCCCGCAAGGACGUCGCGCUGGGACUCAUGCCUUUCUGCCACGCAUACGGCCUCUGCCUCAUGCUCAUGUACCUGUGUCGCGGGGCCCGCAUGGUCGUCCUCGACCGGUUCAAGACCGAUGUUGUGUCCGAGAUCAUACCACGCCACCAGAUAAGCUGCCUGCACCUGGUGCCCUCGCUGCUGCCUGCGCUGCUGGGCCCCGGAGGGGCGGACACACUCUCCGUGACGCGAGUGUGGACGGGUGCCGGCCACGUGACCGGCGAGAUGCAGCGGGCGGCAGUAUGCAGACUGAGCAGUGGCGCGGCGCUGUACCACAGCUACGGCCUCACCGAGACCACCUUCACCGUGCUGACUGGCAAGUGCCGGCCCGACAAGCCCUCGUCCUCCGGCAAACUGUGCGCGGGCAUGCAGUGCAAGGUUGUUGAUACAGAAACUUUAAAACCUCUUGGCCCAAAUGAUUUUGGAGAACUAUACUUCCGUGGCCCACUCCAAAUGAAAGGCUAUAUGCAGAACCCAAAAGCAACUCAGGAUGCAAUAGACGCUGAUGGCUGGCUCCACAGCGGGGACCUUGGCUAUUAUGAUGAGGACGAAUAUUUCUACAUCGUGGACAGGCUAAAAGAUAUCAUCAAGUAUCAAGGAUAUCAGAUUUCACCAAGUGAAUUGGAGUCGAUACUAAUGACCCACCCUAGCGUGAAAGAAGUGGCAGUUAUUGGAGUGCCUCACGAGUUAUAUGGGGAGGUGCCUCAGGCACAUGUGGUGAGGCAGCCUGAGACCAAGACUGAGCCCAAGGAACUAGAAGAGUACCUCAAUGCUGAAGUAUCUCCUUUCAAAAAACUUCGCGGAGGUGUGAAAUUUGUUGAGUUCUUACCAAAAACACCACUUGGAAAAAUUCAAAGGAACAUUAUUAAAAAGCAACAUGCUUAUCAGUGAUAAAUUAUUGUUUAAGUUUUUUGGAAUAAGAUGCCUAAAUAUGUAAGUACCUACUGUUAUACAAACAAAUGUGUAUUUUUAUUGAAAAUAAAGUGAGAACUGUAAAAAAAUGUUAGUAAUUUAUUUUCUUUGCUAUGCCUGUAGUAUAUGUUACAGCAUAAGUGAUAUUUACUAAAAUAAAUGCUUCUUCUCAUGACUUUGUUGACCAACUGUCAGUAGUACUUUGCAUUGUGGGUAAAAAUAUAUAUAUAUUGGGAUAUAAGCAAGAUGGCAGUAGUGUAUUCUUUAUAGUGUUGAUGUGUGGUGAAAAUACAUUCUUGUAUCUGGCCCUACGAGCCAGAUACAAGAUUUUAGCAACCAGAAGCAUAAUUUGUGUGAGAUUAAAGAGUAACAUGUUCAAAUAACUACAAAUUGUAUGUGUACUAGUUUUGUCAUGACGGCAUCACCAACCGAGUCACAGCUAAUCGUUUUUGAUUAAUAUAUGAACAAAGUUUACAAAGUUAAUACAAUAUUAACGGAAAAAUGCAGCAAUCUGGAACUUCUUAAAUAAUUUACAAAUGUGUUUGACGAGGUCUCAAAGAAGAAAGCAGAAUCUCUGGCUAACUAGGUACUUUGCGUGCGGCCGAAAGCCAAAGUAAGAACACUUGACAAAUUGAGAACAGUCUUUGUGACGUUCAAAAUGCUUUUCAGGCACCUUCGUAUUGAGCAUAAUCAGUUGACGCCGACCGCCAAUGCUCCUCUAUGUCGCAUAGACCGCUAUGCCUCAUCAACGUCUCCUAGAAGCGUGUGCACCGAACGCGCCCGUGCGCGCAGCUAAGUGUAGUGCGUGCGUCGAGGCGAUCGCCGUGCAACGAGUGCUGCGCCGGCGGAAGGAUCCGGCCGGGUGUGGCAUAUCCUUCCGCCGCACUACAACAAAUUGUUAUAAUUAUGUUUUUCCACAGGAUUUUAUUAAACAUUAUUUUUCAUUAAUUAAUAAUUCAGUCUUUGCAAAACCAUGUUUCACCGUGCGAUUUGUCCCGAACCUGGCCGGUUCAGUUUCCCGCGAAAUUCACACGUUUCCGCGGGAGGGAUGGCGGGGGAGGGGGGUCGCGCGCGGCGACACCGCUAGUGUCCUUCGAGAGCUCAACCAGGCCGGCAGCCUGCGCGCAACGCGGAACGUUCAACCUUUGCAUUCACCGACAUGUAGUUUUCCAUAGUGUAAUUUCUUUUCAACCUUUUGUACAGUUCCGCGGUCGGCCUAAAUUUACCAUGAGGUACUUAACUUAAUUCAAUCAGUGCUCCGAGAUGAGUGUUUUACGUCAUACGUAAGUACUGUGGGGAGAGUAUGUGUUUUUACGUCGGCGCUUCACGCCCAACCUAGCCUACAGGCUACUUAGUUUAGGCCCGCACGGGGCAGCCAGCAGGCGACACGUGCCAUCCAACUUAAUAACGAUUCAGUCCCUGGGACACACCUAGACACCACGUAGAGUCGCCGGAGACACGGGCCUACGUGUUGCUAGCCCAGUUUAUCAAGUGUAAUGUGUUAGUGGAAUAGUUGUUCGCCUAAGUGUAAUUCGUCAUGUCAGGGCUUAUGUAUCACCGUCGUACGGCAGUGCGCCACCAAACUUAAUAACGAUUCAGUCCCUGGGACACACCUAGUCACCACGUAGAGUCGCCGGAGACACGGGCCUACGUGUUGCUAGCCCAGUUUAUCCAGAGCUAGGUAUUAGUGUAGUGUAUUGUGCUUCAAAAUAUUGUGUGCCAUGUCAGAGUGUCUUUUGUAACUUUCGCGUCACGUAUACGAGUCUGCCCCUCACGCGCAUAAGAAUCGUGAGCCGCCACUGAGGAAGUGAGCUGCGCGUGUGACUAGUCGCGUCGGGCAAACCGUUACGGCCAGAACGGGCAGCACCAUGUAUUGGGCUGUGCUGUAUUAAAUUCACCAACUAUCUGAAGAGGUUUUGUGUUAUUAUUCAGGCGUCCCAAGUGGCCUCAACAGCUCGGGGGGCCCUACUGCGUUGACCCCUACCUCUAGCCACAAGGCCGAACC